UAUUAUUAGACACGAAGUCAUUAUAAUUCAGUAUCCUACAUCAAAAGCCAAGAGUAAACUUUAGCACCAUUCUUUAAAAUCACAAUAAUACCAUAUUACCCCGCCAAUCCCCAUCCAUACAAAAGUACCUCACAAAAUGCUUCUCGACUUACCCUUCCACAUAAUAGAUUCAAUCAUAUCUAAACUUGAUUCAAAUUCACUUGUCUCAUUAUCUUCCACUAAUUCAUAUUUCAGAUUAAAAAUAAAUUCAAAACUUUAUGAAAAAAUAUUAAUAAUUGACCCCGAUACUUCAAGUGAAUUGAAGGACUCCACAUUUACAUUGCUCCCAUUACAAAAAUUACCUACUUUAGUUUCAAGUUUAAGGAACCAUCCAGAAAAUAUCCACCUUAUUAAUCAGAUCAUCAUAAAUUCCCAAACAAAUGGAUCUGAAAACCCGUACCUCCCAUUAUAUCAAAUCAUAUCAACUUGGAAGAAAUCUGAUCUGAUUGUACUUGAAAAUAUGGAUAUCAAUAACUUGCGCGCAUUCAGGUCAAUCACACAAUUAGAAUUAAACCCUACCAUUGGUGAAUAUACUUAUGAAAAUGACGAAGAAAUGGUUGAAAAUGUCAAUACAAUAGAUAUUCCCUUUCAUUCAACCAAGGUUAUAAAUUGGACUAUAUUUGACUUUGACGAAUUGACCCAAUUACCCCAUGAUUCAAAUAUAAAUGAAUUGAAUGUAAUGAUGGAUUCAUUGCCUUCCAUGGAAAUAAAGCUUCCAGAAAUAUCUGAGUGUUUACCAAACUUGUCUAGUCUUUAUCUUAAUCUGCCAGCAGCAACCCUUUCAAUCUUGAAUAAUUCACGCCAAUCAAACCCUUUGAGAUUAACAAAAUUAUCAUUAACUAAUUCCCAUUCCAUAAAAAAUUUUGGUUUCAAAUCUGGUAUUAAUACAAAAUUAUCAUUCAAAAAAUUGAAUAAAGUGGUGGAUUUAUCAAACUUACGUGAAUUGGAACUCAAAAUUAAUUGUGAUUUCCAUAAUAAUUGUGAAGAUGAGUGCAUGGUUACUUUUUUUUCAGAUUGGAGUAGAGAAUUGAAACAAUGUAAACUUGAGAAAUUGGCCAUUCUCAAUUUCAAACUGAAUUCAACUAGUUGUAAUCAAAACCAAUUCUAUAAACUCAUCAAUAAUCUCCCACAUAAUGUCAUUAAAAAUCUCGAGGAAUUAUAUAUCAAUGUGGAUGAUUUUACAAAUUUGCCACGUUCUCUGAACAAUAAUGAAUGCCUUGAUUUUUCAAAGUUAAAGGAAACUCUUAUCAAUUCUAAUAUCAAAAGAGUUGUGUUACCUGAUUUUUUCCAACUGUGGUUUAUUCAUAUUCCAAAUUUAAGAAAUGCAUCACCCAAUAUUGCUAGAUCUGAUUAUUUCAAUCUUCUAGUAAACAAUUGUGAUUGCCAUGAAUGCAUUCGUUCUAGAAAGGUAUUUACCAAAUAUGCAGAUUACGAUUCUUCUCAUGGUUAUAAACAUAAAUUCACCAAGCUUAAUUUAGAUGAAGAUGACUUAUCAAAUAACUCCAUGGAAACUUUCCCCAUUGAUAUUUCUCAAAAGUCGAAUUUCAAGUUUUUGAAUUAUUUGGUAUGUCUCUUGAAAAAGAGACUUUCGUAUUCUCAUAAGAAUAUCUUUACUGUGAACUCUACAUUAAAGAUGGAUGAGAAGCCGAUGGUAAUAUCAAAGGAUGCCAAUAUUAAUUCAUUGGGUCAAUUAUUGAUACACCUGAGUUUGUUUGACUGCUGCAAAGAACUUGUUUCAAACAGUUCAGUUAAUUCGAUUAAUUUUGGAGGUAUAUCUUUCGAAGUAAGUACGGCGAAUGAUAUCGAAUAUCUCAGGGCACCAUAUGAUUCGUUUGAAAGGAAACUUAUUACUUGAAUUCGAUUUUAUAGUUAUUUAUAAUAUAGAGAAUAUAACGAGGUUAAUAAA